CCCCUCUCCCCCGCAGCAAACCCGUGUACACGGCGCUGGUGGUGCUGCUCCUCUCCUCCAUCACCUUCCCGCCGGGGCUGGGGCAGUUCAUGGCCUCCAGGCUCACCAUGAAGGAAUAUCUCACCUCCCUCUUCGACAACCACACGUGGGGGGGGCGGGCCCCCAAUGCCUCGUGGGCAGCUGAGCCCAGGGGGCUCUGGCAGGAGUGGGACCAUCCCUUGGCCACCAUCUUCGGCACCUUGGCCUUCUUCCUGCUCAUGAAGUUCUGGAUGCUGAUCCUGGCCACCACCGUCCCCCUGCCCGCCGGGUAUUUCAUGCCCAUCUUCAUCUACGGAGCCGCCAUCGGCCGCUUGCUGGGGGAGGGGGUGGCCCUUCUCUUCCCGCAGGGGCUCCAUCCCAAGGGACCCCCCCGGCCCAUCAUUCCCGCGGGAUACGCCCUGGCCGGCGCCGCCGCCUUCUCGGGCUCGGUGACCCACGCGGUGUCCACGGCGCUGCUGGUGUGCGAGGCCACGGGCCACCUGGGCCACCUGCUGCCCACCGUGCUGGCCGUGCUGGUGGCCAACGCCAUCGUGCAGAAGCACCAGCCGUCCUUCUACGACGGCGGCAUCAUCGUCAAGAACCUGCCCUACCUGCCCCCCAUCCGCAGCCGCCACACCGCCUCCUACAGGGUGGUGGUGGAGGAGUUCAUGCAGCGCCGGGUGCUGGCCCUGGCCAAGGGGGAUGGUUUCCAGGAGGUGCUGAGGGCCUUGGACGCCUCCUCUGACGCCGAGUAUCCCGUGGUGGAGAGCGCAGAGUCCCCCACCCUGGUGGGCACCGUCAGCAGGGCCCAGCUGGUCACCUUCCUGCAGAGCCACGAGCACCCUCAGGCCCCCCCGGGGGAGAAGGUGGCCCCGGUGGGGACCCUCGGGGACGACUGUGCCAUCGAGCCCGUCAUGCUCCAGUUCUCCCCGUGGACGUCCCUGCACCAGGCCUAUCACCUGUGCCAGCUGCUGAAGCUGCAGAGAGUGUUUGUCACCCGCUGUGGGGACCUGGUGGGAGCCGUGGGGUGGGCAGAGCUGCGCAAGGGGAUCGAGGAACUCGCCAACCCCAAGGGAUGACUAUUUGGGACCACGAGGGAUCCCUCCCCAGGGAUGUCACCCACGGAAAGAGGGGGAUCCUGACCCCCCAGGUGAUGGGGAGGGGUCUCCCCCGGGGGGAGGGUGUCCUGGCUGGGGGGGCAGUUUCCCAGCAGAGUGUGCUGUGCAUUAAAUACAU